UGUUUCGCGGAAGCCCUGGCUAAUGUCUUUUAGAAAACUACCGUUCUACAACCCUUGACUGUGCUUCUGUUCUUAAGCUCAACCCCAGGAACGUCAAAGCCUACUAUCGUUCCUCUAUGGCAUUGUACUCCUUGGACAAGGUUGACGAGGCCGAGGAUGCCACUCAACGUGGUCUCACUCUCGACCCGACCAACAAGUCUCUUGAAAUUGUCGCCUCGAAGAUCACCGCUCGCAAGGAAGCUAAAGCACGUAUCGCUGCUAAGAAAAAGGCCGAAGAGGAGAGGAAUCGCAAAGAGAAGCUACUCCUAAGCACUGCUUUGCGUGCUAGACAGAUCAGGACCCGCAAGACAGACCAGCCUCCAGAUGUUGAGGACGCCGGGAUCCGGUUGUCCCCCGAUCCCCUCUCCCCGGAGAGCAUGCUCGAGUUCCCUACUGUGCUCCUGUAUCCCAUGGAAGCCCAGUCUGAUUUUAUCAAAUCAUUCUCUGAAAUGAACUCCAUUGUCGACCAUCUCGAUUACAUAUUUCCACUGCCCUGGGACACGAAGCAUGAGUACUCUAUCAACAACGUUGAGUGCUUUAUGGAGACCGUGACCGGGGGUCUGAUCAAGGCCGGCAAGAAGUUGCCGCUCUUGCAGAUUCUUUCCGGAGGCAAAGUCGAAGUCGUUGAUGAGAUGGUCAGGAUCUUUGUCGUUCCUAUCUCCAAGACUGGAAAGUUCAUCGCAGAAAUGAAGGCACGAAAGACUACCUGAGGAGUCUCGCGCAUAGCUCUAGCCUUUGAGCAAUUGAUCGUUGAG